CUGGGGUACUCUGCUCCUUCAGCGUGUGUUAUCAGUGAAAAUGGCGAGCUGGUGUGUACGAGCUGUAAAACAGAGUUACUCUGUUGUAGCAUCUUCUUCAAUAAUAAGGGCAUCCCCACGGCUCCUAUGCACAGCAGCCCAGCAGAAAAGCGGCCAGGGGUCGGAGGAGGACCAGAAUGCUGAGCAGAGCGCAGCAGAGAAGGGCCUUGCUGAGGAGAAGGGCCAGCUGGAGGAGCAGCUCAAAGAGGUCACGGACAAGUACAAGCGGGCCCUGGCAGACACGGAGAACCUGAGGACGAGGAGUCAAAAGAUGGUGGAAGACUCAAAGUUAUAUGGAAUCCAAAGGUUGUGCAAAGACCUGCUGGAGGUGGCGGACAUCUUGGAGAAGGCGACGGAGAGCGUGCCCAGUGAGGAGGUGUCCUCUCAGAAGAACCCCCACCUGAAGAACCUGUACGACGGCCUGGUGAUGACAGAUAAACAGAUGCAGAAGGUGUUCGCCAAGCACGGCCUGGUCAAGCUUAACCCAGACGGAGGGCAGAAGUUCGACCCCUAUGAGCACGAGGCUCUAUUUCACGCCCCUGUGGAGGGUAAAGAGCCCGGCACGGUCGCCAUAGUAACCAAGGUGGGCUACAAACUCCACGGGCGCACCCUCCGGCCGGCAUUGGUGGGCGUGGCCAAAGCCCCUUGAUUUACAAAAAAAAAAGGUUCAGUAUGACCGUGAUGUCAUUGUUUUUGCCUGGGUGACAGAUCACCUUGGCUACUGCAGGCUGGUCAAAGCGCCCCACCCAACCACCUAACAUUGCCUCAAAGAGGCGGGAAUCCAACUUGAACUAAUAUUAUUACCAUGGACGACAUCACAGCCUGUUUUGACUUUGCAUUCCGAUUCUCCACCCUUCUCCCGAAGUGUGCACUUGCUCACUCCCUGUCAUAAAUUUAAAAGUAUUGGAUUGGCUGGAGGGAGUUUACGGCAUUGUUAAGUCCAUGACAGGAAGUGUGCAAGUGCAUACUUUGCGGGGAAGGAUGUCGAAUUGGGACACAGCCCAUGUAUCUGCCAGGCGCAAUUAUGUUUGAGCAGAAGCAACACUUGUGAUGGCACGUACAGCACAGAACCAGUUUGACAAGUCAUUUCUGUCCUAUUUCAGUCAUCAGGAUCAGAUUCCUGUCCAGUCAUUGUAAUUGUUAUGGAUGGGAGAAUGUAAUGUACCUCAUUAUUAUAUACCAAACUGCUGUCAUUGUUUUCAUUGGACAAACAUAGUACUUUCAAUUAAUUUAAUUGGAAUAUAUUUUCCCCCUGUAAGUAAUGCGGUCUUUGGCACAAUUUAUCCCUGUGUAUUGCCGUGUUUGUAUAGCUUCCAGUGACAGCUUAACAUGUAGUCCAGGCCUCUCCAACCCUCUUCCUGGAGAGCUGCUGUCCUGUAGGUUUUUGCUCCAACCUCUGUUGUAACUAACCUGACUCACCUCAACAACCAGCUAAUUGUUAUAAUCAGGUGCGCUAGAUUAAGGUUGGAGUGAAAACCUACAGGUCGGUAGCUCUCCAGGAACAUGGUUGGAGUGAACCUACAGAAUGGUAGCUCUCCAGGAACAUGGUUGGAGUGUGAACCUAUAGCUCUCCAGGAACAGGGUUGGAGUGAAAACCUACAGCUCUCCAGGAACAGGGUUGGAGUGAAAACCUACAGCUCUCCAGGAACAGGGUUGGAGUGAAAACCUACAGCUCUCCAGGAACAGGGUUGGAGUGAAAACCUACAGCUCUCCAGGAACAGGGUUGGAGUGAAAACCUACAGCUCUCCAGGAACAGGGUUGGAGUGAAAACCUACAGCUCUCCAGGAACAGGGUUGGAGUGAAAACCUACAGCUCUCCAGGAACAGGGUUGGAGUGAAAACCUACAGCUCUCCAGGAACAGGGUUGGAGUGAAAACCUACAGCUCUCCAGGAACAGGGUUGGAGUGAAAACCUACAGCUCUCCAGGAACAGGGUUGGAGUGAAAACCUACAGCUCUCCAGGAACAGGGUUGGAGUGAAAACCUACAGCUCUCCAGGAACAGGGUUGGAGUGAAAACCUACAGCUCUUCAGGAACAGGUUUGGAGAGCCCUGAUGUAGUCUGUUUCAUUUUCAGAAAUAGUCUGGACAGUUUUAAGGGAAUGGAGGUGAAAUAUGCAAUAUUACACAAUACAUUAAUGUUGUAUGUAAAAAUACCUCAGAGGCAACACAUAGUGUUCAGCUGCUGCACUACAGUAGGAGCCGGCAGAGAGUAUGGUUGUCAAAAUGAAAAUACGCUCUAGAUUCACCGGAGAUACGCAAUCAUGCUGUUGAGGCUCUAAUGUAAUCAUUCCAGACUUCAUGACAGCAGAACACUAACUCGCCGCUAUGGCAGAUGUCGCCCUAGUGGUGUGGGACGUUGACAGUAUAAUGACGUUAAUUAGUCUUAACUACUUAGACUGGAUAGUCUGUGUGCCUGUAGCAGCUUCGGAGUCCCCAACAACAGGGGAAGGGGAAAGCGAGCCUGUGACAUGUUAACAGAGACGGUACAAUAUGUUUAGAAACACUGUUAACCAGGAGACACUAUAACUCCUCCUCCACAUGUACUGGAUUGGUUGAACAGUGCAGAAGAGAAACUCCCCCCAACAGUUUGUUUUUCUUCUCAUCUAGAUCCUCUACAUACUGGUCUUGUUUCAUGCGUUUCUUUUACGAAUGCUAUGUUAGAUUUAGUGUGCCUGUGGACAGUUGUCCUGUUCAGUGGCACAGCAGCGUCUAAUAAACAGAUUCACUUGGA